AUGGCAAUAAAUUCCUAUGGACACAAAGACGAGGCAUUUCUCAUCGUCGGUUUCUGUGCGCUGCCUUUGCCCGCGAGCGGCUUCUGGUGGCCCAAGACAACAACCGAAACACCGCGCAGUCAGGUGCUGCAGCAGAUACCACUCACCUACUUUCGCACCUACACCUAUCAGCCGCUGACAGGCGGUGCGUUUGGGGUGCCUUUGUUUGGCUUUGGCGCGGCACAGACACCGCUGCUGUCGGGGCGACACUACGACCCCUAUGCCCAGGUGACCGGCUACGCGGCUGCCCGACGCCAUGACGUUGCUGCUGCUGCCGCUGGCUUCAAGGCGGACGUAACGCCACCCGCUCUGGUUACUGCCAGUAGCCAAGUGCCCAGCACAACGCCGGCGCCUACUACAACGACGACGACGACAACAACGACGCCGGCACCGACGACAACAACAACAACCACAACAACCACCAGCCGCACAACGAGCGCACCGCCGCCCAGCAGCAGCAGCAGCACCGAGGCACCAUCCUCGCUGCGCUACGCUGCCUACAAUGCGGAGUAUCCGACCUACAGCCGUCGCGUGAACAAUUUGUAUAAUGCGCGUCCGCAAUAUCCGUAUCCGGAUUACUUUAACUACCAGCCGCAGAACGCGCUCCCGGAGAAGGGCGGCAACCGCAUCCAGUUCGUGCCUUGCAUGUGUCCCGUCAGCAUGCCAAGCAUGUCCAGCUUGUCCAGCAUGUCCGGCCUGUCGGGGCUGGGCCUGAACAGCGCCACCAGCUCCGAUCGGGAUCGGCCAACGGGUGUGUCCAUCAGCAGCGUUCCUGUCGCGGCGCCACUUGGAGCCGCAGAUGUUAUGUCCGCGGAACGCAAUAUUGUCGCUUUACAGGCGCGCCACAUUGACAACCGGGAAGCUGACUUGGACGAAGAAGUUGACGUAUUAAAGCUAUCUAAAAGUUUAUAUCCCAAUCGAGAGUUGUCAACGAGCUCGAAGCAUUUGCUUCAAGGACGGGACACGGUCUCAAAAAUGGUUGAUUGA